AUGCCUCUCGUUCGGGGUGAAGAGAUUGCAGUCUGGGGAGACCCGUACAAGGCAAACGGUCAUUUUGGAACAGACGAAAAGUCGACUCUCGCCAUUGCUGGUGACUUCAAAGACAUCCCUGUCAUCGACAUUUCAGGGAUCUUCUCUCCAGACUUGAAAGAUCGCAAGGCAGUGGCAGAUCAGGUUCGAGAUGCCUGUGUUCGGGUCGGCUUCUUCUACGCUCAAGGUCACGGUGUACCACAAGAGAUGAUAGAUAAGACCUUUGACUGGGCUGAGAGGUUCUUCGAACAGCCCUUUGAGAAGAAGAUGGAAUUGUUCAUCAACAAUCAGGACAACUAUCGUGGUUACACGCCCAUGUUCGGUAGUGGGAAGCCAGAUAUUGAUGGACUAGCGAAUGCCAACGAGGCCUUCGACUGGGGCCUGGACGCAAAGUUAAAUGAUGAUCCAGAAUACGCCUGCUCAGAUCCAUACAUGAAAGGAAGCAAUGUCUGGCCCAAACAAUUGCCUGGUUUCGAAGAGCACUUGUCCCAGUACUACGGCAAAGUACGAGAUCUGGGUCGAGUCAUGGCCCGUAACGUCGCCUUAUCCCUGGGUCUCCCCGAGGACUCUUUCGAUCCAUACCUCACUCAUCCAGGUUGCUCUGCCGUCGUGGCACAUUACCCUCCAAUGGAAACGACGAGUACGAAACUUGGACUCGACCCUCACACUGACAAUGAAUUCUUGACUUUCCUGGCCCCGGGUAAAGUGAGAGCAUUAGAAGUUCUCAACCGUGACGGACAAUGGAUUUCUGCACCGCCAAUCGAAGGAACGUACGUGGUCAAUGUCGGCGACCAACUUCAACGCCUCACGAACAAUCUCUACAUCUCCACCAAACAUCGUGUCAUCAAUCACACGGGCGAGGAAAGAAUCUCCGUCCCAUUCUUCUUCUCCGCGAAUUGGGAGUGUAUAAUAGAUCCCCUGAAACAGUUGCUCGAGACUGAUGUCGAGAUCGGUUCCAACCAUGUAUCAGCAGGACAGGUAAAUGAUCAAUCUACACCCCAGACUCUUUUCAGAUUCCUUUGA